GAUCUAGUUUAUCCAUCAUGGCCGUCACGUCCCUACGCUUGUGUGCCGAUCGCGUUCUCCGUUAACAACGAUUAGGGAUAUAAAAAUAAAAACUAAAAAAUAAUAACAACAACGGUAACACAAUAACCGCAAAAUCCAAACAACAAUUACAACAAAGGUGGCCGCGAAACCAAGUGCGUUCGGUAUUCAGCUGCCUCGUUUUUUUUUUAUCUCGGUUGAUUAUGCCCUCGACUUCGCGAUUGUCCGACCGCUGUGCGACGAGCGUACGUUGAGCCGUGUGGUUUGUUUGCGUGUAGAUGGGAUCGGGCCUCGAGAACCAUGAAGCCGUACGACAAAUCAAACUCCUUUAUGAGGAGGGUCACGAAACGCGUGUCCGAAUACCUACCCGGCAUGACGUGGAUGAAUACGCUGAUCAGCGAUGCGCAAACCGAUGACGACCCUACGUCGACGACCGAAAAUAACGAUCAACCUCCAGUGAAAAAACUGUGCACGUCCAAUAACUCAUUUACAAAUACCAAAUACCAGCAUACAAAUUCAACUGACAACCACAGGAGUAGUUCAAAUGUAAAUGUCCUUUUGCCAGAGAUAUCUGCCGUUACUUGUAUACCAAGUACGAGUAAACAAAGUCCAAAAUUUACAAGCCAAUCAAGUGCUUCCUUGCUAAACCAUGAUGUGGGCAAUAGAAGUUCUCUUAAAAGAAAAUCUGAUGUGAUAGAUUUGUCAAAUAUAAACAGACCAAGUUCAAAAACACCUUUCAAUUUUGCUUCAUCAACACCUACAGUAAUUACAGGAAAUAAACAACCAGUUACUAUUAAUACAAAAAGAUCACUAAAUUUAGACAAAUCAUCUACUAGUAAUGAAUUUUCAACGCCAACUUCAUCAAAACUAAUAAAACCAAGAGAGAAUGAAUUACAUCAACAAUCUUCAAUAAAAUUUCAUGAAAUUUCCACAAAUCAUGUAUCAUCAGCAUCAUUUAGAUGGGACACAUUUGUCAACUAUGGAGAAUUGUCAGAGCGUCAAAAAUUAUUUGCCCAAAAGUCACCUUUAAAUUGUUCUCAAGUUAUGUAUGGGGGCAGUUCUGCACGUUCCAACUUAUCAAAAAUUUUAGGGAAUACUCCACCAAUUCAUAGAAAAGCGGUGAUUCCAAUAUCUUCUACAAAUAAUAGUGAAAUUAGAACAACCUCAUCUAUUCUCCUGGGACAUAUUUCUACUAAGAACAAGGAAAUUGAAGAAAAUAAAUUUAUUAUUCAACCUAAAGUGCAUCAAAGGCAUAAAGCAGAUCAAAAAAAUGUACCUAUUAGAGUAGAAUCCACGGUCAAAAUUGUUGAAACAACACCUGAAAAAGCGGAUAACAAGUCUAGUGAAAUCUCAUCAAGUUAUUCCGGCCAAGUAGAUGCAAAUACAACAAGAAAACUUCGAGUAAAUCUUUCAAAAAAAGGGCUUGGUUUUAAGUCUGAUGAACUUGAAAUGCCCGCCGAAGUCAAUUUGCCUAGGAUUUCUCUUCCAUUGACUGCUUUACCAAAUAUCAAUUUAUCAAAUACUUUGGCGGAAGAUAAUGAAUUCACAUUCAAUCAACCAUUAACAAUAGAACAGUUUAGUUCACAAAUUGCAGAAAAAACUUGUAGAAAAAAACAUAAAAUUACUUUGAAGAAUUCACAAAAUACUAACAUUGAGGUAAAUAGUAUAGAUCAAUCUAGUACCAAAAUUCCAAGUACAAAUUUUAACAUUUCUACAAGUGAAUCUUUUAUUAAAGAAUCCAAGAAAGAAGCAAUUGCAAAUAAUGAUACUGCAAUAUUGAGAAUUGAGAAUUCAAAUAAAAAUGACACCCUGUCACAAUUUAGUAGUGUUGUUGAUGAUCCUAAAAAUUCUCUCAAGUCAUCAUUGUCAUGUUCUGGCUCUAAAUCAGAAAUUACAAAACCUGUGAAUAUAAAUGUUGACAGCUCGCCUAAAAAACUAGAAAUUAUAAAUAAAAAUCAAUUACCGCCAGAAAAAUCAUCACCUGAAUUAAAAAAGAAGUGGUCUUGUGAUGCUUGUUGGGUUUCAAAUGAUGCUGAUAUAAUGAAAUGUAUUGCAUGUCAAACUCCCAAGUCUGAAAAAUCCCAAACACAAUCAUUAAAAGUAAUCAAAUCAAGUACAUGGACUUGUGAAACUUGUUGGGUUCCCAAUAAAAAUGAAAUUGAAGAAUGUGUUGCAUGUCAAACACAGAAGCCUGGAACUACAAAGAAAACUGUCGUACAAAGUGUUACUUGGACUUGUGAUGGAUGUUGGGUGAAAAAUAAAAGUGAUUGUACCAUUUGUAUUUCGUGUGGGACAACAAAGCCUGGGUCUGCUCCAGAAAAUAAACCUUUGGCUUCAACUCAAUUUAAAUUUGGAUUAAAUAAUAACACUUUUGAAAAUUCUAGCGCUAGUCAGUUCAAAUUUGGAUUUGAUAGUAAAAUUGAUCAAACGUCUAAUAAUCAGUUUAAAUUUGGAAGUGCUGCACCUUUUUCAAGUUCUGAUAAUGGAAAAUUAGAUACUCCUGCCAGUGAAUUUAAAUUUGGCAUGGUUAACAAUAAAACUGAUCAACCCCUUAGUACAUUUAAAUUUGGCACAGAUAGUAUAUCUAGUUUGCCAGUAAAGAAAGUUAAUGAGGGAUCAAUUAUCAAUAAUACCGAUCAUCCCGAAACCCAGUUUAAAUUUGGUUUUGAAUCUAAACAAGAUCAACAGUUUAAGUUUGGUCAAAGUGCCACAACUAAUAAACCAAUGACACAAUUUAAAUUUGGUUCAGAUAAAAUCGAAACUGAAAAAUCUAUUCUUCAGAACCCUGUUGUUAAUAGUAAUAUAGUUACUCAAUCAACAAAUGAAUUUAAGUCAAUAGUAAAUAAUAAAAAAGAAGAAUCUGAAAAUUCAUUAGAGUUACAAAACAAAAAUAAUAAGCGUAAAGUUAAUGAUGCAAGUGAAAAUUCAAGUCCCCAAGUAUCUUUUGGAUCUGUUGAAACUAACUGUAAUAACUCAAAUCCAUUAAUAAAUGUUGAACACAAAAAUGAAGAUCUGUCCAAAGGGAAAUUUGUAUGGGAUAAAAAAAUUGAAAUUAAGCCAAUAGUACAUUUUGGUUCUACUCAGCCUGUUCAAUCUGCAAUUGAAAAUACAAAUCAGUUGGUAAAUGGUCAUUCACAUCCUAAUGAAACAUUAAACGAAGAUCAAAAGCCAGGUUUGAUUAAGACUUCUCAAUUAUUCAGUUUUGGUUCUUUGGCAAAACAAGAUCAAAAUGUGCCCAUUGACCAAAAAAAUCAUAAAAUGUUUACAUUUGGAUCAGCCACUAGUGAUAACAAACCAUUUACUUCUUCGAUAAUGGGUACUAGUAGUUUUCCUAGUACUGCUCCAGUGUUUGGUGCAAGUAAUUCAAUGUUUGGUACUGGACCUACUACAUCUACUCCAGCAACAUUGGGUUCUUCUAUACCUCAGUUUUCAUUUGGUUCAUUGGCUCCACAGAUUUCCAAUAGUUUUUUUUCCAAGACUACUAAUGACAAUGAUAAAAAACAAUUAGCUCAAACUUCUAAUUCAUUCAAUUCUACGAAUAAUGUUGGGUUUUCUUUUGGUGCACAAUCUCCACCCGUAUUUAGUGUUCCCAAUACUGGAGGGCUUACAAAAAUGUCUGCUACGGAUGAUGAUCAGACUAAAUGUACAUCAAAUAAUAUAUUCAAUCAGCCAAGCACGAAACAAACUGUUAAAUUAGACCCCAACGCACCUAUAUCUAUUAAUUUUACUGGUGGAGCAACUACUCAAUUUACUGCCAAACCAGAAACAUCUGAGCAACCUAAAAGAAAAAUUUUAAAACCAGUUAGAAGGAUUCGGUAAAAUAUGGAUUUACUGCUUUGUAUAUUUUGUAAGUUACAUUGUUUUUAUUGUGUAACAAAGUUUAAAUGUUAUACUAAAAUUGUUCAAUGUUUGAACUGAUUCUUGUCAUUAUAUUUGUAUAAUUAUAUUCUGUGGUUAACAAUAGCUUAUUUAAUAAACAGGUUGAGGUCAAUAAUAUUUUUUAGACAGAUAAACGAUUAUUAUUUGGAUAUUCAAUUAAAUUUGACAACAUAUUUGAUGGCGCACAGAAUUUGAGGAUAUGUUAAUAACAUAUUAAUAAAUUAGUUUUUAAUUUUAGUUUAAACUUUCUACGUCAUGAACCAUAACAUAUACUAACUUUAUACACCAAACAGUUAAAUGACUUCUUUUUAAUAUUAUUUUGGUGAAAAAAAAAUAAAUCUUAUCAACUAUUGUCCUUAAUCUUUGAUAUUUUGAAUUGUGAAACCUAUUUUUUAAAAAUCUUAUCAAAUAAUUGUAAGUAUUUGGUCCCAGUUGUUAAUAUUUUACCUAAUUUCACUACAACCCACACCAGACCUAAUUAAACUUUAUUCUUUAAUGUAUUUUAUACAAUUUAGAAUAAUAUACUAACGUUUUAUAUCUUAAAAAUUAUGUACAUAAUAAUAAAUGUUCUGUAUUUUGUAUUUUUGUAAGUUAUUUUAUGGUCAUUUUCAUUUCAUCUAAUAAAUUAUAUGUAUGUAAAAAUUAUUUAUUAUAAAAAAAAUCAAAUACCAAUAACUCAACAACUAAAAUACUAGUAUUUUCUUUUUACUGUGCGCCGCCUUUUCACUUCUAUAACCUUAUUCAAACCGUUUAUAAGAUAAUAUAUAUUUUAUUUUAGUUGAUUUAAUUCAUUGAUACAUUUUAACAUAUUUUGUUAAAUAUUUGCUUUGUGUUAAAAACAUGUAAUGUGUAUAUUUUUUGACGGUUUAAAAAUUAUAUUAAAAAUAAUUAAAUAAAUGUACAACUAUUUUGUUUUAGUGAGUUUAAUUAAUUUGAUUAUCAUUUAUUGGCUACUAUGUGCCAUUCUAUUGUUAUGAUACAAAACAAUUUUAAGUGUUAUUAUUUAAUAACUCGUGGUAUACAGAACACAACAUUGUUUAUUAAAUGUCGUUUAUUAUAAAUGUUAAAUAAUGUUUUUUUUUUUUUAGUGGUUAUUUUUUUAAGUGUAAUAUUCUGAGUCUGACCCAGGGAAUUUCUAUUGGCAACAGAAGUGUGGUUAUAAUACUGUAUGAAAAAUACUCAAAUGAUCCCCUAUUUUUAUUUCAAAAAAUAAUUCCUAAAUAUUAUACAGGUAUUAUAUUUUAUUUUUGUAUAGUAAAAUGUAAAAAAGUAACUAUUACAUUACUAGUUAAAAGUUACCCAAAUGGCUUUGAUGUCUGUGAUAUUCUUGUGGGUCAGGCUAUGUUCGAUGAUAAUUAUCGAAAACUGUAGCAGGCUCACUCCUUUGAAAAAAAUGUAUUUUUAAUUUAAAAACUUAAAUAUACAUUUAAUAUGUUAAUAUGUUAUAAAAAGAAAUAAAAUAAAUGAUAUUUUAGAACUUUUUUAAAUUUCAGAAUGUUUAUUUCCAUUUACAUAGUUAUGCAUCAGUAAGUAGUUAUUAUAUUGUUGUCUUUUUUUAUAUAUAUACAUUUUGUUGUAAAGUGUUGCUGAUUUAAUAUUUUGUAAGCCGAUAAAUGGAAAUAAACAAAUUUGACUGUGAUGUAAGGAUAUAAUUUAUUUUUGUCCAAGUGAAUAAUUUUAGGAGUAAGGCUGCUAAUUUGAGCUUCAUGUAGACUAUUUUUCUUUAUAAAGUGUACAGUCUUUUAGUUAACAUAAGUGUAAUUUAAGUCUUUAUAAAUUUAAUUGUACAAUAGUUUGCAUUACAUUUCUUUAAAAAUUGUAAUUUAGGUAUGAUGCAUAAUAAAAUUAUAUGUUUUGUUUAUUUUUUAAA